AUGUAUGAGCCUGAUGAUUGGCUUGGAGGAUCUUGGAGGGUACGUCAAGAUCGCCUGCGCAGUUUAGAGGCCAGCGUCGUUAGGUUAUUGGGAGAGCGGAAGAACAUGUCUGCAAAUCUCUUCUCAUCUACAAGAGAAGAGGGAAGUCCUGGCUCAAGGUCCAGUUUUAGAGCUAGUCAGAGGAAGAUGCUAAACCUUCUGAUGGAGAGAGAUACUUCCUUUACCAUCGGUCCAAAUCUCCCGAAAACUCCUGUGGAUAAACACCUUGGUGAUUCUGGAAACCUAAGCUUUUCAUCUGGAGGUACCCCAAAACGUUGCCUUGAUCUUUCAGAUCUUAGUAGUGGGGAGAUGUCUGCUAAUCAGCUUACCACUCCUGCUGAACUUGAUGAAACUGGUCAUUUGGAUUCCUCAAGACAUCAGGAAAUACUGUUGCCUGAGAUGAAUCAUCAUCAGCAUCUAAUAAAAGGCAGCCCAGCACAACUGCUAUGCAGCACUCCGAAUUCUUUGGAUUGUGGUCGCAGAAAGAAAGAGGCAGUGUGCGGUUCAUCUGCAAAUAAAAAAAAUGAAAACUAUACCUUGAAAUCCUUGGAAUGGUUGGCACCCAGUAACUUAAAGUUUAAAAAAAGACCAGGAGGUCCUUUUCUUUCUCCCCUUUCUCUGCUGGACAAUCAAAACAUGUUGGGAAGUGAAACAAAUGACCUGGGCAGUCCCAUUGCUACUAUUCCAAAAUGGAAUAAAAAGUCAGAACUGGGAGAAGACCAGUCAGAGGAUAUUUCAGAUGACUUGAUGGAAUUGUCUCUGGAAGAACAAAAAGAUGCCAAGGUGUCUCUGAACAGAAGCUACUUGUAUCGCUCCCCUUCGAUGCCAGAGAAUUUGAACAGACCAAGACUGAAGCAGGUGGUAAAAUUCAAGGACAAUCCAAUACCAGAUAAGGUAAAAAAGAAGCAUUAUUCUAGCUAUAACGUGUUUGGGAAAGAUUUAAGUCUAAAGAAGACAGUAUCUCUCUGUGACAUUAGUGCUACUCAAAUACCAGAGGACUCUGAGGGACUUCUGACUGGUGAUUUCUCCAAGGUAUGUGCACUGCCGACCGUGUCAGGGAUGCACCAAGAUCUGAAGUAUGUCAACCCAGAAACGGUGGCUGCCUUGCUUUGGGGGAAGUUCCAAGGUCUGAUUGAGAAGUUUUAUAUCAUCGAUUGCCGCUAUCCGUACGAGUACCUGGGAGGACAUAUCCAGGGAGCCUUAAACGUAUAUAGUCAGGAAGAACUGUAUAACUUCUUUCUGAAGAAGCCCAUCGUCCCUUUGGAUUCCCAGAAAAGAAUAAUCAUUGUGUUCCACUGUGAAUUCUCCUCAGAGAGGGGCCCCCGAAUGUGCCGCUCUCUAAGAGAAGAGGACAGAGCUUUGAACAAGUAUCCUGCAUUACACUACCCAGAACUGUACAUCCUCAAAGGAGGCUACAGAGAUUUCUUUCCAGAAUAUACGGAGCUAUGUGAACCACAAAACUAUUGCCCUAUGCAUCACCAAGAUCAUAAGGCUGAGCUGCUGAGUUGUCGAAGCCAGACCAAAGCAUGGGAAGGGAAGCGGCAGCUGCAGGAGCAGAUCGCCCUCCUGGUGAAGGACAUGAAAUCAUAA